CCUCACCUUUUUCUUUAUAUAUAAUGGAUGUUACCGAGAUCUUGGAAGCUCAUUCAGCACAAUUCAAACCUAUCACUGUAGAGAAGCUUGUGCCUCUUGAUUUCGAUCUUAAUCUUUUAGCUGGUUUUGACACCAAUGCCUUGGAGGAAAAGACCUUGAAGAGCAAGAACAACAUGGAAAAAUACCUUACAGAGUUAACUAGAGAUAACGCACAAUUGAUCGUCAACGAGCUUUUCAAGUUGCCUGUCACCAGUGCUGAUGCUGGUGUCCUUGCUCAACUUCCUAACCGUGUGUCUGUAUUGCCUCGUGAAAAGCCAUUACCCAAGGACAAACCAUUGACACGUUGGGAGAAGUUUGCUAAAGCCAAAGGCAUUCAAAACAAGAAACGUGAACGUAUGGUCUAUGAUGAAGAAACUGGCGAGUAUGUACCUCGUUGGGGUUACAAGCCCAAGGAAGAAGGCAAAUUGGAUGCUGAUUGGCUUAUGCCUGUUCCUAACCAUGCUGAUCCCAUGGAAGAUCAAUAUGAAAAAGCCCGUGAAGCCAAGAAAGCUCGUGUGGAAAAGAACACAAAGCGUCAACGUCGUAACCAAGAAGAAGGUGCAGCUGCCUCUUUGGCUGGUAAAAAAGACAUUAAAGAGUUCAAAAAGGAUGAACUUCAGACCGCUAUUGCUGCCUCUAAAAAGUCUACUGCCAGUUUGGGUAAAUUUGAUGCCAAGUUGAAGGGUGAAACCAAGAUGAAGGGUGUCACACAUCAAUUCAGUCCUACUAUUGGUGAUGUCAAGGCUGAAAAGAACAGCUCAUUAGAUAUUUUGAAGAAGAUUGUUGGCAAGAACGAUAUUGUAAAUACCGAGAAAGCUGCUCGUCUCCAAGCUAAGAGAGAACAUGCAGCUAACUUUGAAGCUAGAAAGAAGCCAGGAAGCGAUAAAAAGAAGAGACAUGAAAAGAAGCAACGUGGUGGCAAGAAAUAAUCAUAAUACAUCUCCUUUCAUACAUUUUUAUACACACACGCACACACACACACACAUAAACAAAAUAUAUAUAUAUAUAUAUAUAAUUGCAUCAACAAUACAAUAGCUUGUUUUCUUUAUUUAAAUAUAGACUACACUCUAUAGUCUUGAUUUGAAAUCCUAAAUAUACAUUAUGGCUAUAGAAUGGUCCUUAAACUCUGUGUUUAAACAAAC